AUUCCAAGAGAGCUGAGCAAAGGUUCCAAGUCUAUCGUUACAUAUAGGCUAUCACGACUGCAGCCACGGUUCCUGCAGUGAAGCUCUCCGCCGCUUGGAAAAAGAGAGCACCCUCGAAAGAAAAGAAAAAGCAAUAUACCGUCCCAAAAUUACAUAACCACUCAGAGCUCGACUACCUGGCAGGCGGCAGGCAGCAGGCUACCUACCGUACCUGUCAACCCCUCCAGCUCCCACUCUAUUCGAGUACUCCCAGCUGUCUCAACACCAACCAGCCUCAAUUACCUAGCUCACACUCCCCAGCUGCCUCGACCUCACCUCGACCUCACCACGACCUCACCUCGACCUCACCUCGACCAUAGCCCACCCUAACCAACCUAGAUGCCGCGCACACCCACCACCAAAACGCCCACUCCCUCCAUCAAGAACGAAGAGCCCGAUGGCGAUUCGGACGAGAAGCCUGUGGGCACCUUCGGCGGCUCACUGGAUAAGUACGCAUUCGGCCCACGGUCUGCGACCUCGUCGCCAGCGAAGCGGGCCAUUUCCAGCGCAGUUGCGUCGCCGAUCCGGAGAGCAGCCUCGGCUCUCGCCACUACUAGUACUACUCCGCCGCAACCGUCGCCCCGAAAGCGCCUGCGGUCGAGCACUCUGAAGCCCAAGCCCGAGCCCGAUCCCGAAGAAGCCACGCCGUCCCCCGUUGCUCCGGCGGGGGACGAUGAGAAGAAGAAGACGAAGAAGAAGCGGCCCAAGCACGCGGGCUACGCCCCACCGAGCAAGUACCGCCACCUCAGCGGGAUUCCCGACGCCACGGCGCCGGGGAUGAUCACGCUCUUCAUCGGGACGAACCCCGGGAUCCGCACCGCCGAGACCGGCCACGCAUAUUCCGCACCCAGCAACCAUUUCUGGCGGUUCCUGCACGAGGCGGGGCUCACUCCCGACCGCAGGCUGCAUCCGUCCGAGGACCUGCGGCUGCCGGAGCUCUACAGCCUCGGGAAUACUAACCUGGUGUCAAGGCCGACGAAGGACCAGGCCGAGCUGAGCUGGAAGGAGAUGGAAGCAUCCGUGCCCGUGCUGGAGGAGAAGAUUAGAAGGUGGAAACCGGAGAGUGUCGCGGUUAUUGGGAAGGGGAUCUGGGAGAGGAUCUAUAAGGCUAAGACUGGUACGAGGCUUGGGAAGGAGUUUGUGUUCGGGUGGCAGGAUGGGUGGAGGCUGGGGGAGGACGAGGGUGAGGGCUGGGAAGGCGCGAGGGUUUUCGUGGCGAUUAGUACUAGUGGGCUGGUGGCGGGGUAUUCGACGGCAAGGAAAUUGGAGAUUAUGAAGGAGCUUGGGGAUUGGGUGAGGAUUAGACGGGAGGAGAGGGGGGAGACGGCGCCGAGGGGGUUACCGGAGGAGGUAGUGGAGAAGGCGGUUAGGGAGAGGGAGGAGAGGUUUACGCAGAAUCUGGUAGAGUGGCAGGCGUGCCUUGAGGUCGAGGAGCUGGACGGUGAGGAUGUCAAGGCCGAUGGAGUCAAAGUCGAGGAAGAAGUGGAGGAUUGAACGGGAGUAUUUACUAUUCACGAUAUCAAGUACAAAGAUGAUGUAGGUCAAAAGUAUGUGUCCGUAGGCCCGUUCUACACCAAAAAUGACCAUUUCCACGCAAUCGAAAACUAAUGCUUCACUCAGCGGAAGAAAAUAUCAGAUCAUAUGUAAAAAUAUCAGAUCAUAUGUAGAUGUCUGAGAAUAAUAAGGCUUUCGGGAAACGUCUAAAAAGCCAUAGUUUCAGGAAAAAGUCUAAAAUGUCAUAAUCUUUCGACGUUUCAACUUUCAACCCACCACCACUCAAAC